CUGGUAAUCAAAACCACUACACGACCCAGGGCUUGUGGGUAAUCGUCGGCCUGUUUGCCUUCCUUCUGCUGGAGAAAAUGUUCCCGGACCAGGACGGCCACGAGGAUGCCACCUCAGAGUCAGACCUGAAUUUUAACCUUUCUAUGCAGUCCACUUCAGCUCUCUGUGUAAAAGCAGAAGCGUCACUCAAAAAUGGACUCUGUGCCGAUUCGUGGAAAUCCUCCAAGCAGCAGAGUCUGCAGGAUCGAGCAGAAAAAAUCAAGACAAGUGGAUACCUUAAUCUACUCGCCAACUGCAUCGACAACUUCACCCACGGACUGGCAGUGGCUGGGAGUUUCCUGGUAAGCAAAAAGGUUGGUUUCCUCACCACCUUUGCCAUUCUUCUCCAUGAAAUCCCCCAUGAGGUGGGAGACUUUGCCAUCCUGUUGAGGGCGGGGUUUGAUCGCUGGAGCGCCGCUCGCAUGCAGCUGUCCACGGCUCUGGUCGGGGUCCUGGGAGCCUGUUUCGCGCUGUGCGCUCAGUCCCCGAAAGGCACAGAAAAUGCCACAAGCUGGAUUUUGCCUUUCACYGCUGGAGGUUUCCUCUACAUAGCCUUGGUGAACAUUGUGCCUGAGCUGCUACAGGAGUCCAGUUUAAGACACUCCCUGCUGCAGAUCCUGCUUAUUUUCUGCGGGGURGCUAUCAUGGCUCUGCUUUCAGCCAUCAUUGACUGAACAUGAAGGGAUCGCCUCUUCUCGCCUUAAAAAAAAAGAAAAGAAAAGAAAACACUCCUCGUGUAGAGAAAUCCUCUUCUUCUCCUCUUCUUUUUGUAACUCCUCGUUCAUGGAAACAUCGUCYGGAUUCAGAGGCUUUGAGACAUCAUUGAGGUGUAACACUACGGCAAAGAUCUGAUGAAGAACAGCACUUUAUGAGGGAAAGGACUCUUUGUCAGCGAGGACACUUUAAGAUAUCUUUGGAGAUUAAAGAGGGUUUGUUUGAAAAUCUAUUCCAAAUUUGCCUUUCAGACAAUCACGAUGCUUUGCACAUAUUUCCACAGGUACACUGCGUGUAGAUGCUCAGAACAAUGGAAAUAACCCUGGAUUUACAGUGCAUGUGGCUCCGCUGCGCUGCGUUGCGCAGUUCGCAGUUGUUCCUUUGCAACCCAA